AUGUCCAAGUCCUCCUCACGUCUGGGUCGACCUGGAUCAGCGGGUUCUAAGAGCCUCAGCUUGAGAAAGGAGCCCCAGGGUAAUCGCUCAUGCAUGCUCCGGAUUGGAGAGAGACUGAUGAGGGCAGGCAGUGAGGGGAACCUGGUCCAGAGACCUAUACCAGCCCAGAGCCAGAGCCAGGCUUCCUCAACUGGAUUAGGGCAAGAAUCUCCAGCCCUGGAGGACAAACUUGCUGAGCAUAUAGGAAAUAACUCCAGCAAAGAUCUAGGAAACAACCCAUCCAGAGUUUCGUCUUCAUUUUCUUCUACUGCUGUGGACAGCAGCACUGAGCGUCCGCUGCAGAAGAAACCGCACACAGACAGCAGCCUGCUCAGUAACCCAGACUUUGCCUGUGGUUCAGCUCCACGCUCUCCCAGCACCUUACCUCGGAGCUACAUCACUGCUGCUCGUGCCAGCAUCAGGGACAGCCAGCUCGAUAGCCUGAGGAUGCAGCACUUUGUGGAGAGGAAGAAGGAGGUGUUCCUGGACCAACUGAGGCAGAAGUAUCCUCACAAUGCUGCCAUUAUCUUGGGACAACAGAACUGCAUGAGAGAACAGCCAGCCUUAUGUACUGAGGUGGAGCUCUGUUGUGACAGAGAGAGGUGGGGUUUAGUGCACCUGACUCUGAGCAGAAAGUCCGCCAGAGUAGAAGAAUCAACAAGACCGGCAGCCUCUGCCUCGAAGGUGAGGAGUCCCAGCUCCACUGAAAGCCCCUUCUGUGCAGGUGUGUUGGACUUGGUGGAGCAGCAGGACCCUCUGGCUUCAGAGACCAUGUCUGAUGGAGAGAUACUGCCCUCCACAGUACCCUUUACAAGGGGCAGUAGAGCAAGAUCAAGUCUACCUGUGGGCUGGUCAAGUGGCCAGACCAGAGCGAGGCCACCUGGUGUGUUGUACCUGCAGUAUGGGGAGGAGACAAAACAGGUCAGAAUGCCGACUGAGAUCAGGAGUCAGGACGCUCUGGAGGCUCUGUUGGUCACCGCCUUCCCUCACCAGCUCACCAUGAAGAUGCUGCAGUCUCCCAACAUGGCCAUCUACAUCAAAGAUAACAACUGCAACGCCUACUACGACCUGGAGGACAUCAGAAACAUCACAUCCCACUCCUAUGUGAAGGUUUAUCAUAGAGACCCAGGACUUGAGUUCAACCGCCAUGCCAGGCCGGCCAACACAAAGGGCAGGAUCUCCAAAGAGGUGUUGUACAGCAGUCCCAGUCCGAUCCACAGUGCGGCGUCUGGCCGCAGCACCCUGCACAACCUGCAGGGCUCCAUGUCCCCACCCAUGGUCCGCUCCAUGCCCUCGUCCCCCUCCAGGAUGGCGUACGGUGGAAGGAGCACAGGGGAGAGGACAGGCAUGGUGGACCAAGGCAGCGUCACGUUACCACGGGAGCGGCUGUCAGGUGUGGGGCGAUCCAGCUCUCUCUGCACUAGCAGCAGUGCUAUACUGGAGAGGAGAGACGUGAAGCCUGAUGAGGACGCUGGCAGCAGUAAGACCAUGGCCCUGGUGGUGCGUGGAGAAGGAGGACCACAUUACCCAGACUCCUACUGCUCCUCCCUGCAGGACAGAGGAGGAGGUCACCUGAGCAUGGCCUCCUCCCGGUGUAGCGCUCCUCCCUCUCUCACUGCAGAUAUGGUGGAUGCUGGGGUCACAGGGAUCCCAGGGGGGCUUCAGCAGUACCGGGCCUCCAUUAAACCCCUAAUGGGUUACGGAGAGAGCCUGGAGCAGACCCAUUUCCUCCACAGGCAGAAGAGCAGGAAGUAUGGCGACAGCCAGCUUCCUCAACUGGGAACCAAAACGCCGCCCCCUUCCCCUCACAGAGUCAAUGAUGUCAGGAUGAUUGAGGGACAGAUCGUCGGAGGGGUGGGCCUGGUGACUCCAGAGAGGAUGUCAACUAUUCGCCGGUCCCUGCGGCGGGACAGUCACGAAGCCACAGUGGAGAUCGUAAACAGAAGCAGAGGAAGUGGCUCGUCAUCGUCUACCUCGUCUGUCUUUGUGGACAGCCCUCUAGGACAACCUGAGAGACUGUUUCAUGGUCAUGUGAAUUCCAGCAACGCCCAGAGUGCGAGGAUGAAAGCCAUGGAGGAGCAGAUAGCCAGUCUAGCGGGUCUGGUACACAGUGCUCUGUCUAUGGGACCAGAUGUUCAAGGAGUCAAGGACACUGUCAGUGACAAUAUUGAAUGCAAACUCCUCAACAAAGCUGGAGUGUCAUCUGAGCCUCAGGUCCCAGCUGUUGUGAUUGACAGCUUCAGCCCCGCCCGUCUGGCGCUCCCGGCCCCGCCCCAACCCUACAACGGGCUGCAGCAGAGCUUGGUGUUAGCAAAGAGUAAUGUGUGUGACCUGCGGCUGCAACUCAACCACCUCAGACAUUUACAGCUCUCAAACCAGGAGAGCGUGACUUCAAUGCUGCGGAUGGCAGGUCAGGAGCUGGUGGUGCUGAUGUACGAUCGUCUGGCUCAGUCUGAGGAGGCAGUGUACAGACGGAGAGCUGGGAUGGAGGAGGAGAGGAUCCACUACCUAGCUACAGAGGAGAGAAUACUCACACAGCUCCGUGAAUUGGAGGACUAUGUGGACUGUUUGCAGCGUAGCUCCGCCUCCAGUCCUGACCAGCUGUCAAUCACUCUGAGAGACGUGGAGGAGGGAGCGGUCAACCUGCGGAGGGCUGGAGAAGCUUUGGCCAUCCUUAAAGGUGAGUUUCCAGAGCUGCAGGUGAAGAUGCGCUCAGUGCUGAGGCUGGAGGUGGAAGCAGUACGUUUCCUAAAGGAGGAGCCUCACAAGAUGGACUCAAUGCUAAAGAGGGUCAAAGCACUAACUGAAGUCCUCAGUUGUCUACGCAGGUGCGUUUCAGAGUCAACCAACCCAGCCAGAUCAGCCCAGGUGGAGCCUCUAAAGGUCCUGGAAACAGAUCAGGGUCCCCUGAAGACCCAGAGCUCACCCAAACCCCAACCUCGGUCCUCGGUCAGACCUCCUCUCACACCCUCUCUCUCCGGAAGUCAGGCUGAGGUCAGCCUGGCGGGCUCAGUGUCUUCCAUCAUGGCUGGCAGAAUGAAAACAGCCGCCACAGUGAUCGAGCACCCCUACCAUCCCAGACCCCAACUGACAGCCACCCACGGACGAGACUCACCCACUGUGGCCAAGGUGAGUCCUCGCAGCAGAGAGGGCAGCCCUGCUUUGCAGAGGAGACAGAGCCCUCUGACAUCACCAACACAGGAAGGCCACGCUGACCACACCCCCAUUAAACAGACUACAGAGAGACAAACUCCAGAGGGCAGUAUGAACCAGACCAGCACCAGCCAGGCCAACCAGCCAGUCAGCUUUGUAUCCAGUCAGCUUCCAUCCCACAACACCAACACAGAGUUUGACCAGGUCCCCCAGGAAUCCCAGGCCAGCCUGAUGAAGACCAUCACUCGUCCGAACGUGUCAGAUACCAGAGAGGGUUGCUCUGAUUCUGCCUCAAGACAAAUGCAAGCGUCAGUAGAGCAACAGGCCCGUCUGUCUGAUUCCCAGGAAGACACAACUCCCCAGCUGAGUGAUGAGGUAGACUCUACCCAGUUAGAACCCUCAGAUACAGCAGCAGCCUCCCAGCUUCCUGCAGCUCCUGUGAAGCCUCUUCCCUCAGCUUCUCCAUUAGCUGCUCCUCUCUCAGCUUCUCCUCUCUCAGCUGCUCCUCCCUCAGCUUCUCCCAGCACAGAGCACAUUAGCCGGCCACGGGUGGAGAAACCCCGCCGUACCAGUGUGGAUAAGGAGAUGAAUCAGAGUCCAGACAGGGCCGGCAAGUCUCCUCCUCCUCCUCCACCACGAAGGUUCCAUGCUGUCAGUUCAGGUCUAACCACAGGAAGGCCAAGAGAGAUGAUUUUCACCACCAGGAAAGAGCUGCAUGGAUCCCAGGAUGAGGGUGAAGAAGAGAAACCGCUGGUUCCUCAGCCCAAACCCCCAAGACAGCAACCAGAGGUCAAACCCAAACCCCAGAUGUGCUCACCUGCACCUCUGGCUGGUUCCACCUCUAGCCAUUCUACAGCCUCAACACACAGGGAGGAUGUGAAAGAAGAGGAGGAGGAAAAGUUCAUGAAAGAGCUGCAGGUGACUACAGAACUGUCAAAUAAGAAUAAUUUGCCAGGUGGAAAUAACCAAUGUAAAGGAGAAGUAAGAACAUCUCCAACAUCACAGGUGGCCAAUCGGAAGAUUUCUAGAUUUGCAACAUCAGACCACCAGUCAACUCCUCAGACUGGAAUUACAUAUGGCUGCCCUAAUAAAGUCAGAACAGCAGCCGGACUGGAAGACCACAUUGAUGUAAAUCAACAUGUAAAUCAACAUAAGGACACAGAGGAGACUGUGGGUAAACAGGUGCCUUCCUUCAAUUCUGCAACGAAGAAGAUGGAGGUACUUAGAGUUCCAAAUGUUCAAAAAGAAAAUUAUCUUUCUGUGAAAAGGCCUGAUCAGAUUAACAAGGAUGUUGUUGGACAUGUGUGCUGCCCAACCUCAGCAGAAAAGAAGGUCAAGUUUACAACCAUUGUUACUCUACAAAAAGAAAAUAUUCAAGCUACCGACAUCGCAGAUCUUGACCAGACAAAUGAAAAUGUUGUUCAUGAUUUACCAUCUCAGAAGAAGUCACAUUUGAUGGUAGUAGACAAAGAAAACAGCCCAAAGGACAGAGUGAUAGAGUUACAGCAGGAUAGGUCCCUGAGCUCAGGUCAGGAGUGUGUAGCUUCUUCUCCCGUCCUAAAACCUUCACCCAGGUUGACUUACAGCCACAGCAGCAAGCAGAACCAGCAAGCAACAGCGCAGGUAUCCAGGGACCCAUCACAAUACACAGAAGAAGGAAGUCGCCUGAGCCCCUAUAUUUGGGACAGUAAAGGACCUCCUCCUCCACCACCUACAAUGGGUAAAAUCAAACUUAGAAUCUCCAAGACCAGGAGUCCCAGUGUCAGGACAGAGUCCAGAGAUGAAGACCUCGCUGAAAAGAGGGACUCACAGACUGUAGCUGGGGACGACAGCAUUGGUGAACCCACUUAUGAGGCAAAUGACAACCAAGCUUUCCAGGACAGUAAUGACUCUGAUAAGACACCUUUUAUUGUUAUCUUGAAUAUACCUAUGGACAUUCAGUCAGCCGACAAGCGUCUCUCUACCAUCUUAGAAUGUGAGGAAGAUCUUGAUGGAAUCCUCUCUCCAGAAAAUAUCGUUGAUGAAGAGGAGACAAAGCAGGAUGAAGAGAAACAGAACGUGAGAACAACUAGCAUUACUGAAAUAAAUACAGACUUUAACAUUAAAGAUACCAGAGGAAAAGGUCAUAAUUUUCUACAUAUGCACAAUCAAAUCCCUUCAGCAGAUAGUGUCUCGAUUCCCAAAAACCGAGACCAGGGUCAACAAGACUCGCUUAGACAGCCAGAGACCAAAAGGAAAUUCAAAUUCAAAUUCCCCAAAAACAAACUGGCUGCAAUUAGCCAGGCCAUUCGUACAGGGAUGCCCAAAAAAGGAAAGAAGACUCUCAAGGUUGUUGUUUAUGAGGAAGAGGAGGAAAAAGCAUCGGACAGCAAGCCAGUGAAGGAGACCAAGAAGCCAACAAAAGAAUCCAAGAGGUUUGAGACCAACAGUACCACACAAUUCAACUUGGGUGAAGACAAUGACUGUGACAGAGACAUCAAGGUCUCCCCUUCCAUUAAUACUAGACAGUCAAAGUCAGAUAGCCGGGUAGAGGAGCUCUGCAGGAACACAUUAGACUCUAUUGACAAUCUAGAAGAGUCCAUUAAACAGUUGGAAAUCAGUGUGGACAGCUUGUCUGGCACUUCUUCUCCCUCCAGCAUUGUGUCCUCACCUCCUAAGUCCCCUGAUUCCUUUGACUCCAGGGACAGGACUCAGCUUAAAGGCAAAGUCAAACGAGAGAGGGAGAGAAGCCCAUCCAAGAGGCCAGCGUCUCAGACCCUCAAGGGCCCAAAUCCACCUCAGAGUAAGAGAGCCAAGCCCCAACCUCUACACAACUCAGGGAAAACCUCCACCAAGAAACAGACCUCCAGCAGCAGCUCCAGCUCUUCUGCCCAGCAAUCCCACACCAAAUCUCGCCACUCUUCUUCCUCUAGCUCACCAGAGAAGACACCUAGGGGCCAGCAGCAGGCCACCCAAAAGCAGCGCAGCCAGGCUGACAGCAGAAGCAGUAGAGCAGCCGGGGAUAGUAACCAUUCUGUCGUUGCUUUGCGUGCCUCUAAGACCCCAGCCUUGUGCCAUAGCUCUUGGAAACACCCGUCUGCCUCUCUGUCUACUCCUCACUGCUCAGACACCACCGAUAGCUUCCAAAACCUCUCCUCCUACUCCUCUGCUUCUUCACCUUCAGCUUCUUCCACCUCCUCAAAGUGUCCUUCCAGCCCGCCUUCUCUUUCCUCGACCCAGCUUUCCAGGCAACAGGCUCUUAUAUGUCCUCUCUCCUUUUCUAGCUUGGUGAAAAACUCUUCUCCCUCACACUCCCCACCUCGCUCUCCCUCUCCUUCGUUGGCUUCAUUUUCUUUCUCCACUCCCCCUCAUAAGUCUUUUAUCCCGUCUCUGAAUCUGAGUCGUUUCCACCCCUCGUCUAGCCACGUCUUGUCGUCAUCCCACGCUAACGCCGGGCCGCGCAGCAGCAGCAAACGCCAGCACCGCCUCGUCGUCACCUCCACCUCCACUUCCAUCCCCAAACACAGCUACUACUCCUCAUCCUCCUACUCUUCAUCCUCGACCUCCUCCUCCUCCUCCUCCCUGUCCCCCACCUCCUCUUCCUCCUCCCCUCCUUCCCCUUCCUCCUCCCUCCUCCCCACCAUGGUGAGUCAUUGGGCGAGAAGUGUCCGAAUGUCAGCAUCCAAACCCAGCUCUCCAGGCCGUGGCAAGAAAUGCACCGGAAGCCAAGCUGGCCGAGUCCCCUGCACGACGGCGACAGCCUCAAAGGACGCAGCAUGA